AUGGCGGAAAAGGUUGUCGUGUUUGGAGGUGGGCCUGUGGGCUUGAUGGCCCUGAAAAAUCUUCGCGAGGAUGGUUUCGAUGCCAUUCUUCUAGAAAGACGCCCAUAUGUGGGUGGACUUUGGAAGCAGUCGUCCGACUCCACCAUCUCUGUCACCGAGCACACUAUGUUCAACACAAGCCGGUUUCGCGCUGGCAUCUCUGAUUUCCCACUUCCUCCAGAUACUCCCGACUAUCCUUCCGCAAAGGACCUCCAUCAGUACUUUGACCGGUAUUGCGACCACUUUGAGCUUUGGCCGCAUAUCAAGUUGGAGGCAGAGGUCGUAGGCUUGUACAGGGAAAGAGGUCGAUGGGCGGUGGAAGUGCAGUAUACCGAGGAGAAAAAGGUCGAAUAUUUUGACAAGGUCCUUUGCGCCACUGGAUCCAUGGUGAUACCCAAGCAGCCAAAGUUGGAAGGGGUCGAAAAGUUCGAAGGCUCGGUCAUCCAUGCCGUUGACUUUCCCCAACCGGCGGAACUCGAAUCACGUUACGGAGGGCAGAAUGUGCUGCUGAUAGGACUGUCGGCCACAGCUCAAGACGUCAUCACCGACUUGUCGGGCUAUGCGAAGAAGAUAUAUGUGACACAUAGGGCUGGAGUUCUGUUGACCCCUCGAUAUCUAGACAACGGCAGCACUUCAGACCAGACUCAAAGCUUAUCGUUUUUAUUCGUUCAAAUCUUCCUCAGCACGUACUUCCCAACUAUAUUCAACAUGAUCGCCAACUCGGUACUACUCAAAAUGCACAAGAAGAACUUCCCUGACAUUCCCGACUCCUGGAAUUUCCUUCCAGCUCCAUCAAUCGCCUCAUCACCCCCAUUGAUCGCCGACGCCUUCUACCGACACGUACAAAGUGGCUUUGCAGAAGCCGUCCCGGAACACAUACGCGUCACAGGCCCCAAGUCCAUCGAACUCAAAGGCGGCCGAGUUCUCAACGACAUCGACUCCAUCGUCUUCUGCACAGGCUACGACUUCGCCGUCCCUUGCAUGCCCGCCGAAUACAAUCCAUACAGCAAAGUCGGCGAGACACCUUACCUAUACCGCAACAUGUUCCCACUCCACGAAGACCCAGCCGUGCGCAAUUCACUGGCAUUCCUCGGCCAAGCCGCCACCGCUGUGCCUGGAUUCGCACAGUUCGAACUUGGUGGCAUGGCCGUCUCGCAGGUCUGGAAAGGGAAUUUCACUCUCCCACCGUUCGAGGAAAUGAAGGAUUGGCAUCGUCGACAACAGGCAUGGCGACAGGAUAUCAUCUCGAAGCAGGCGAUAAGAUCUCGGUUUCAUGUUGCGUUUAUGCCUCCUGUUCAUUUACAGUGGCUGGACAAGGCGGCUGGAACGGGUGUCUUUGAGCGGUUUGGUUGGUUCAAGUGGCGUGCCUGGCAGCUUUGGUGGAAGGAUCGCGAAUUGUAUAAAUUGUGUCUUUCGGGGGUUUUGACACCGGCGAUUUGGCGGCUUUUUGAUACAGGGAAGAGAAAGGCUUGGUCUGGUGCAAGGGCGCAGGUGGUGGAUGAUAAUUUGUUGGCGAAGAAGCGGAGGGAGGAGAAGGUUAAGGCUGAUAAUCUUCUACGUGCGAAGCCAAAGGCUGAUUGAUUUACGAAUGGGGGAAUGGAUGGAUAGAUGGAUAGGGGGUUUGUUUGGUACUUGGAGUUAGGGGGUGGUUUGCAUAUAUGAAACUCUGUUGAUGUUGUCCCAUAUGUGUAUAUACAUGUUGUAUCUAUUUU